AUCCUAAAGAAAGAAUUGGGAUCAGACUAUGAGGAUUUCUUCAACAACCUGGAUGCCAGUCCUGAAGAUGAUGCUGAUAUUGAGUCUGAAAUCGACGAUGAUUCGAUGAACUGAACAUGCAAGACCAGCUUGGUGCUGUUCAAGAGUCUGGACACACAGCUUCUCACUGUAGCAGCACUUUAGUUAGUGUUUCUGGCGACUGCUGUUAAAUAUUCUACGUACUUUGCUGUUUCUGCUUCCUCUGCAGAUUUAUAGCAAUAAGUUGCGCGCGCAUGCUACUAAAGUGCGCGCGCAACUUAUUCUGUAUCACGGGAGCGCUAGUUAAAUUUUUCAUUUUCCCCAAAAGAAUUUUUUUGAGUCUGAAAACUUUUAAAGCUCAACUUCAAGACUUUUACACAAAAAUGCUCAGUCGCUUGAAUACCCACUGUAGGAGAAUAGCAAUAACUCAGAGACAUGUCAGAUUAAUUAACUUUACUCGUUUCAACACAACAUACAAUCCGAAUCACCUCCAAAAUGAUCUAGGCACUCCUGGUUCAGUUUCGCAGGAGAUAAAUUUAAAAGAUCUUCUUGAGAAAUCUGAUGAAAAUAAUUUGAAGGAUCCAAAACCUCUCGUUGGUAAUAUAGAAAACCUUUCUGAUACAUUGAUAGAAGACAUGUUGAAAGAUAAUGACUCAAAACCACAAACUUUUUUGAAUACACAGACGACCAAACCACCGGAAAUACCUGAAGCAUCUGAAGCACCUGAAUCGGCUCAAAUUGAUGAUAUUCAAAUGAAAAACCAAUCUACAAGUGAUAACAAAGAUAUUGAUGAAAGCAAAGAUCCUUUUGAUAUUUUCAAUCAAAAUACUCUGUCAGCCGAUAACAGUUUAUUAGAUGGUUUCACUAACUUUAAUAAUUCUGAAUUUGAGUUAAGUAAAUUGUUAAAUAAUUCAAAUAAUGAAUCCAGUGAAGAUGAAACUUUCCAAAACUUUUUGGAUUAUUUUCAAAAGCAAUCAAAAGAUAACGAUCAAAAUUAUGAUAAAAUUUAUAACUCAAAAGAAACAUCAAAUGACAAGUUAAAUGCCGGUCAAAAUAUUAAUGUCAAUGUCAAUGUCAAUCAAUUUAACACAAUGUCUAAACUGUCAGUCAAAAUACAGCCUGCUCCAGAAAAAAUUCUUAUUUUAACUCCUGACGAGUCAAAAUUUCGUAAAAGGGUCCCCACAUACUUGAAAGACAAUGAUCGUUACAAUUCUAGGAAGAUUUUAUUUCAAUCAUUAAAUGAAAAAAAAUUGAAAAGAGAUAAAGCAGCACAAAAAAGAUUGUUGAAAGAUGGUGUCAAUUUGGAUAAAAUUUAUGAACAAUUAACUCGGAAACAAAAUGAAUUGUUUGAGGCUCAAAAAGAAAGAUUAAUAAAAGAUCGUUUAAAAACAAGUUUAACAAAUCUAGCAACUUUUAAUUUUGAAGAGAAAACUAAAACAUUGUUAAAUUUUAGAUCUACAGCUUCGAUUGAUGAAGUAACUGUUAGUAUUAAUGAUCUCAAACCAUCUGAUAGAUAUUUAUCAGAAUAUGAAUUUAAGACUUUAUAUAAUUCAUUAUUGGAAUAUCAAAAGGAUUCUUUGAAUUUUUAUAUCUUACAAUAUUAUCCUGAGGUUACAAUAAACCGAAAGCACCUAAAAGCACAAGUAGUAUCAUCAAUAAUUGAAGUUUGCUGGAAAAUAGUAAAUCCUCAUAAAUCAGCGACGACUGUUGAUGAGGAGGUAUUUUCAACAAAAAUAAUUCCAAUUAACAAGAUUAUGAAUCAUUUACUUUUUAAUACAUUUAGCACUACUAUAUAUGAUGAGUUUACCAAAGGAAAUUUGGUAAAAAUUUCUAAAGUGAAUAAUCAAGAAGAUCAAUGCUUGUUAAAAGUUUCGGGAACUAGAUCUGCUAUAGCAUGGUUUGAAGUGAGUUAUAGUAAUGUUUUUUCAAAAUUAAAAACAAGAGAAAUGAAUUUAAAGUUUUUCCCUCAUUUAUUGGACUUUAUUCAAAAUAUAGGAAAUAUCAGUUUACAUAAAAUACCAGAUAAUGAAAAUCACGAAUAUUUUGCUUUUGGGAUAAAUCUUGGUGUUAUUCAAAGAGCCGAGAGAUUAUUGUUGUGGAAAGAUUUUGAUAAUAAUAAGCAUCUUUCUCAGGUUUUUUACAAUUUUGAUAAGUUAAUUGGUAAAGAAAACAUAAAAGCGUUUGAUUACAUGGACGAUUCUAGUAUACCAAGAAUCCACAAAACCAACAAAUGGCAAAGAUUAAAGCAAAAUUUUUUGUUGAAUAGUCCCGAGGAGAAUGAAAAGAUCAAUAGCGAGGAAAAUAUUGAGAUUGAAUCCGAAAAUAUAUUUAAUGAAUUGAUGAAAUCUGAAUGUCAAGAUAGCAACGUGAAAAAUGUCAAUUACAUCCACGAUGAAAAUACAAUUUUAACUGCUUCAUUGGGUCAAGUACUAUUAGAUAAAAAUUCCGAUUUAAAAAUGUUUGAUGCAAAUAUUCCAAAUAUUAAAAAUAUAGUAAAAAAAUUAAAAUUGUUUAAUGCUGAGAGUGAUUUGGAUACAUCUUCGAAGGAUAACCAUUCUUAUUAUGCUCAAAUACGUUUUGUUCCUUCAGCAUUUAGGUCAACAGAUGAUUCUCCAUUAAAUAUUUUAUUUGAAAAGGAAGAUGAAAUAAAAAAGAGCGAUGAUAAGGUAUUAAAAGCUAGAAAAAGACUACAGUCAAAGUUGGUUUCUCCUGAAGAAGCAUAUCAUAAUUAUCCUCCCUUAGAGAUGUGGUUUGAGGUGAAUGACAAGGAUAUUGCCGAUACAAAUUCAUUAAGAUUGGAAGCUAUUGAAAAGGAGAAAACUGUUUUUGUCAAUUUACCUGACAAGGGGUCAGAUGUGUCAUUUGUGAAAACCACAUCGAAAACAUUAGCCAAUUUCAGAGAAAGUAUUAAUUUGCUCAAGCAAAAACAGCCAUAUGUAACCUCUUUUUUAGAAAAGUCUAAAUUGAUAUUUGAUGGAAGUGAAUUGCCCACGAUUCCCAGGGAGCUCAAGGUUGUGAUUGAUGGUGAAGUUGUGAAUUAUUCGUAUGUUUACAUUAAUUUAAGAAGACAGAUAGAUUUGGAGUAUAAGGGUAGAUUGUUGCAGAUAUCAAAAACUUCAGCAGGCCAGCUAGGUGGUGAAAAAAUCGAAGCCACUUUAGUCUACGAUCUAUCUGAAGAGAGCGAAGCAGAUUUUAUAGAUGAAGAUGAGAAUUCUAUAGCUGAAAAAGACAGUGAAGAAACAGAGAAAAUAACCGAAGAAGGGCUAGUUGAAAACAAGACUACUGAACAGAGAAAUGCGAUUUAUACACAACCUAAAUUUACCAAGUUUUAUAGGGAUACCAUAGGUCUUGUGAAUAGUAUAUAGUUUUGAGACAACAGGUGUGUUUGUAGAUAGUAUAAGAUUAUAUAAUGUAUUGAUAAGUUCCUAAGCAGCAACAUAAGCAACAGCUUGUGGAUACAAUCAAAAGUGGUCUGGGUGGUUGAACAGAUUAGUCUGAAAAGUUCAGCAGCUAAGGCUCUAUUUCACCCAGAAUCCAUGCUAAGGCAGCAGGAUAAAAGAAUACAAACUAGCCAAUUGCACUG